AUGGAAAACAGUAGUACUGAAUUCAUGAAAAAUCCUGCGAAUAAUACUCAAGACAAGAAUAAGAAAGGCAAGGACAAAGACAAUGACAAGGACAAGAACACUGAAUUCAAGUCUGAACAUAGAGAUAAUGAUGCAAGAACCUACUAUCAUUGUCAAAAGAUUGAUCAUAUUCAGACUGACUGUUGA